AUACAGUGGGUCCAAAAAAGUUAUUCGUCCACCUUUCUUUUUCAUUUUCCUCAUCGACGUUAGUAGCUAGAACACAUUUGACAAUAAAUAAUCUUUACUGUAUGUUUAACUUUUCUCAUUACUGUCAAAUCCUUGUGAUCAAACUUACUACAUCAUGAAUGAAUACAACAGUUUCUAGAGAAUCGAAAGAGCUUUAAAACAGACUCUUUCAGAAAAAUGGGGUUUCUUGUUUUAUCGAAAAGCGUUAGCCUACAUGAUCUAGUUAUACAUGUUAUAGUGAACUUAACGACCUUUGGCAAAUCAACGAAGAUAUUGUGAAUAGCCCAGUUUGUAGAGAAUUGAAAGAGCUUUCUAAUUAUGGGUUGAUUUCUUUAUAUGCUCCUACAGUACCAGAGAAAAGCCCAUGGGAAGAAUUUUAAUGGUAUUCUUUAAUACCAGCUUCCAAGUGAAGAUCCUAUCUGGAUGGAACUUCUAAAUUCAACAGUUUUUCUCUUACGAAGGUACAAGGCGAAGAAGAAAGCGAUAAUCAGUCGUUAUCUCUCUAACAGUUUGUCUCCGUCUUGUUCUUCGUCAGCAGUAUUACAUAUAUAUAGUCCAAUUUACAAUCUAUUCAAUUCAACAGUUCAAUCUAUUCUUUACAUUUAUCCUACUUUUGUCUGACGAAGACGUCUUUGACGUUGAAACAUAAGAAGAAAAAUAAAACAGGAAAGAGUAUUCAGAAAUAACCCAAAUGAAUAAAUCUCUUAUUUUCUCUUCAGACUUGAUUUGUAGAGCAGAAUCAAGACUUUCAGACACGUAUAACUGAAUUAGUUCCAUUUUUCGAGAGCGACGGGGUACGCUUCCGUCUUCCACAUAACAGAAUGUCAUAAUAAGAGCUGGAAAUGCAAGAAAAAACCGAAUUUUUUCAGAUAGUUUACAGCACAAUGACAGUUACGGUGAGAGAUUAGGUGAGCUUUCUAAGCAAGAGUUUCCGACAGAUAUUACUGUUUUAUCCUCUACUUUUUCCGUCUCUCGAUUUCUUUAGUCACCAGUAAAUUUGGAUAUAUUAAAAAAAUACGUGAAGCAUUUGAAUGGGUUGAACUAUAUUUCAAAAAAUCUUUGUUUACUGAUGACCGUGGCAAUUUUUGUUCAACAUGCAUCGAAACAAUUACACCAGCCAGAUUACUUAUAGAUCUAGCAUCAUCGUCGAAAUUUUUAAGUAGUGAUGAAGAUGGUCCAUUGAGGGAAAUGAAUUUUUUCAAUCCCAGAUCGAAAAGAGCAAAACAGAAACAGUCAAUUAUAAUCAAUGCAUAUAAUGGAAUUUAUAAUCAUAGGAAAGCUAUGAUGACGUAUGCAAGGGAUAUUAAAGAUCGAAGCUUGACGAUUUUGGUUUCGACUACUGGCAAUCAAUGGUGUAAUAUUCUGGACUAUUUCUCUGAUUCCAAUGCUACAAAUGGGAACACAGCAUAUGAUAAAACGCUGCCAAGUUUGGAAGUAUUGUCUGUUGUACGAAUUUUAUUAGGCUUCCGGAUUUAUGAAUAUUCAGCAGAUGCAUAUGCUUAUUUAAAACCGAUUCUAGUAGCUUUACAUAAUAACGAAGCAUCAAGCGAAAUAACAACAAAAGUUUCAUUGAACAAUAAGCGUGAGCAAGCAUUAGAAAGACGAAGUGCCGAUAUUAUUGAAAGAAUUGCAUUCGCUAUACAGACAAUAUUAGAUAUAUUUAAAAUUAUAGAUGAUAUUAAGCCUGAUAUUGUUAAUGAUAUUAAAAUUGAAUUUGGUCAGAUAACAAAAGCAACAAGGUUACAAAUAGAAGAAACGAUCAGAAAAAAUUAUUAUAUCAAUGAUAAUCCUGGUGCAGUUAAUGAUUCCAUAAUUGAUUAUCCAGAUGAUGUUGAUUUGUUGGAAUUAGAUGAAGUACGAAUAAAGUCAGUGAAAGAAGCACCAAAACAAUCGAUGCAAAUAUCACUGAAUGCAUUAUUUUAUUGCAAAUUGAAUACAGAUGAACAAUCUCAAAAAACAAAUGAGAAUGAGAAAAAAAUACUUCAAUUACCAUUUAAUAUAAUUUAUACUACACAACUAGUGGGCAGUGAUUGUAUCUUUCAUAAUGCAAAAAAAAGAAAUAUUGAUGUUCAACAACUGUUAAAGAAUCUUGUGGAAAAGAAAAUCUUGUCAUCUGGAAUGUUUUUAAAGACAUCAGGAAAAAAUGUUCCUAGUUGGAUCAGAAAUUUAGAAUUUGUUGAUGAAAAGGAGUUUGAUAAAUUUAAAUAUACGUUGUUGAAUGACUACGGCUGGACAUUAGAAAAGUACUUAGAAAAAGUUAGACAGAACGCCGAAUAUGCAACAAGUUUACAAUUAACAAUCCCGGUGGGUGCAGACAAACUAAAUAAGCAAAAGCAAUCAAUUAGAUUGAUGGAUGAACAGAUAAUGAGAACUAAAGAACAACGUUCACAAAAAGCUACUAGUGGACAAAUACAGGCUACAACUAGGGAUACUGCAACAGAAACUGCAUACGAUCAAAUGGGUAAUUCUAUACAACCAGGUAUUCGUGUGGAAAAACGUACUAAUAAUGACGAAGAGAGUACCAAGAAUGAGUUAUCAAAUGCUGAAGCAGAAAAUAUGUCGAAAAAACAGCAAAAUUCAUGUGAAAGUGAAUAUAUGGAAGAAGAAGCAGCAAAUAAUUCAGUUGGAAAAGAAGAAUUUGCAGAGGUAGUUGCAACACAUACAACAGCUCGUAAAGCAAAACAAACUACGAAUCCUCGAGACGAAGCAAGGACGAUUAAAAAGUUUAAAGCAACAAGUAAUGUUCAUCUUCGGUUCACUCGGUUCCGUGAUGUUAAGUCACAAUGA